UUUGGAUGAACCAAUUAAUAAUUCAAUUCCUAUCAUAGAAGAAGAAUCAGAUGAACAGAACCCUUUUGUAAAAAUAAAGAAAGACCUUAUGCAACCUCUUGAACUUCAGAAAGCCUCUCGAAUCUCACCUUUUAAAAGAACAACUUGGAAGGAAAAACUUAAUGAUAUUUUGGAAAAACUUCCUACUUAUGCCAAGUUAAGAGAAAAUCAGAUUAAAACUCUUAAAGCUUACUAUUAUUUGGGAACUCUUAUUCAAGAAAAUGAAGCUAACUAG